ACAAAGGGCCGAUUCCCCGCCCCUUCAGCACCACCACGUGUGUCCCCGCGCCCGGCGACCACCCGACUCAUUCCCUCGCCGGCCGGUCUGGGCAGCGGAGGAGGGUGGUUGGCAGCGGCUGGAGGCUUCGCUAUGGGAAGUUGUUCCUUCGCUCUCUCGCGCCCAGCCCUCCUCCCUGGUUCUCCGCAGCCGCUGUCGGAGGAGAGCACGGGGAGGCGCGGGUUGCAGCCGCGGCUGCUUCUCCCCGCCCGGGCAGCCGCGCAGCUGGGCAGGUGCUGAGCGCCCCCGGAGCCUCCCUCGCCGCCUCCCUCCUCUGUCGGGCUGUCCGGCUGCCGCAGUGCACAUGGGGUGUUGGAGGUAGAUGGGCUCCCGGCUCGGGAGGCGGCGGUGGAUGCGGCGCUGGGCAGAAGCAGCCGCUGAUUCCAGCUGCCGGGGGGCCACGCGCCCCGGGCGCCCUGCGAGCCCCGGGCUCAGCCAUGGGGAUCUCCGCGAGCAGCAGCACCGCCCCGGCCUCCUGCAGCCGCAUCGCCGGAGCCACGAUGAUCGCGGGCUCCCUUUUCCUGCUUGGAUUCCUCAGUACCACCAGGGCUCAGCCAGAACAGAAGGCCCCAAGUCUCAUUGGCAAAUACCACCAUGUCGACCGUGUCACCGGCCAGGUGCUUACCUGUGACAAGUGUCCGGCAGGAACCUAUGUGUCUGAGCACUGUACCAACACAAGCCUGCGUGUCUGCAGCAGCUGCCCCAUGGGGACCUUUACCAGACACGAGAAUGGCAUUGAGAAAUGCCACGGGUGUAGUCAGCCGUGCCCCUGGCCGAUGAUUGAGAAAUUACCUUGUGCUGCCUUGACUGACCGAGAAUGCACUUGCCCACCUGGCAUGUUCCAGUCAAAUGGUACCUGCGCCCCCCACACGGUGUGCCCUGUGGGUUGGGGGGUGCGGAAGAAGGGGACAGAGAUGGAGGACGUACGGUGUAAGCAGUGUGCUCGGGGGACCUUCUCUGAUGUGCCUUCCAGUGUGAGGAGAUGCAGAGCAUACACAGACUGUCUGAGUCAGAACCUGGCGGUGAUCAGGCUGGGGACCAAGGAGGCAGACAACGUCUGUGGCACGCUCCCGCCCCUCUCCAGCACCACCCCUCCUUCCCCUGGCACAAUCAGCCUUUCCCGCCCUGAGCAUGUGGAACCCCACGAAGUCCCUUCCUCCACUUAUGUUCCCAAAGGCAUGAACUCAACAGAAUCCAACUCUUCUGCCUCUGUUAGACCAAAGGUGCCGAGUGGCAUCCAGGAAGGGACAGUCCCUGAGAACACAAGCUCAGCGAAGGGGGAGGAAGGCAUGAACAAGACCCUCCCAAACCUCCAGGUAGUCAACCACCAGCAAGGCCCCCACCACAGACACAUCCUGAAGCUGCUGCCAUCCAUGGAGGCCACUGGGGGCGAGAAGUCCAGCACGCCCAUCAAAGGCCUCAAGAGGGGCCAUCCCAGGCAGAACCCGCACAAGCAUUUUGACAUCAAUGAGCAUCUGCCGUGGAUGAUCGUGCUUUUCCUGCUGCUGGUGCUUGUGGUGAUAGUGGUGUGCAGUAUCCGGAAAAGCUCGAGGACUCUGAAGAAGGGGCCCCGGCAGGAUCCCAGCACCAUUGUGGAAAAGGCGGGGCUCAAGAAAUCCAUGACCCCCACCCAGAACCGGGAGAAGUGGAUCUACUACUGCAAUGGCCACGGUAUUGACAUCCUGAAGCUUGUAGCAGCCCAAGUGGGAAGCCAGUGGAAGGAUAUCUAUCAGCUUCUGUGCAAUGCCAGCGAGAGGGAGGUGGCCGCUUUCUCCAACGGGUACACGGCGGACCACGAGCGGGCCUACGCAGCGCUGCAGCACUGGACCAUCCGGGGCCCCGAGGCCAGCCUGGCCCAGUUAAUUAGCGCCCUGCGCCAGCACCGGCGCAACGAUGUCGUGGAGAAGAUCCGUGGCCUGAUGGAAGAUACAGCCCAGAUGGAAACUGACAAGCUGGCUCUCCCGAGGAGCCCCAGCCCGCUUAGCACGAGCCCGGUUGCCAGCCCCAACCCGAAACUUGAGAAUUCCACACUCCUGACGGUGGAGCCCUCCCCGCUGGAUAAGAACAAGGGCUUCUUCGUGGACGAGUCCGAGCCCCUCCUUCGAUGUGACUCCACGUCCAGCGGCUCCUCGGCGCUGAGCAGGACCGGAUCCUUUAUAACCAAAGAAAAGAAGGACACAGUGCUGCGACAGGUGCGCCUGGACCCCUGCGACUUGCAGCCGAUUUUUGAUGACAUGCUCCACAUCCUGAAUCCCGAGGAGCUGCGGGUGAUUGAAGAGAUUCCUCAGGCCGAGGACAAGCUGGACCGGCUGUUUGAGAUCAUUGGAGUCAAGAGCCAGGAAGCCAGCCAGACCCUCCUGGACUCUGUUUAUAGCCAUCUUCCCGACCUGUUGUAGAACACGAGGAAUACUGCACUCUGGAAAUUACUCAAUUUAGUGGCAGGGUGGCGUUUUUAUUCUUAUUUUUUUUUUAAUUUUUGUUUUUUGGUGUGUGUGUGUGUGUGUGUGUGCGCGCGCGUGUGUGUGUUUAACAGAGUAUAUGGCCAGUGUUUUGAGUCCAUUCUUCUUUUUAAAAACCCUCCUGGGAAGUUAGCAUAUAAACCUUUUCAACUGUUUCAGAAUAUCCACCACUGAAGUUUUUUUAGGUUCCAUAUUUUCUCUGUUUUCCCUUCGUAUGUAUUCUCAGAAUUGUUCUGUGCACUUUAAAUUCACUUAAUGUAUCACAAAUACAGUGUGGCGUUUCCCACACACUGGAUUAUGAGGCUCUUAACUUCUUAAAAGUGUCAUAGCAUCUUGUGAAUGCUAUAAGCUGUCUUCAUGUCUCAACAUUCACAUCGGCUUUAUUAUUAUUAUUAUUAUUAUUACUAUUUUAUUAUUUGUCAUUUACGAAUUUUCUUAAGGGUUCAAGAAACAUAAGACCCCACUGAGUUACUGUAAUGCAAUUAGAUCUUGAGGUAUCUUUUUAACAUGCCUUGUUGGAUAGUUCAUAUUUAUGGCUGAAACUUGACCACAUUGUUGCUGAUUGUAUGGUUUUCACCUGGACACCGUGUUGAAUGCUUGAUUACUUGUGCUCCCCUUAUGCUAAUCUGCUCUGGGCUGGAGACAUGAAAUCCUCACAAGCCAUCAUGACUUGCUAUUUGAGUGGCUUGACAACUGGGCCACCAAGGAACUUGAACUUCAACUUUUAGAGAUUGAGCUGUUCUGGAACAUAUUGCUGCACUUUGGAAAGUCACAAUUGAAGUGCUGGUGACAAAUGGCACCUUUUCCAAAGGGAAUUUGUCCAGCUUUGCUUUACAAGAUGUCUUGUUUUUUAUACACACAUAGUCAAUAGGUCCGGUCUGCCCUCAAGGCCUUGGUCUUGGUGGGUUUCCUUCAUUCAAUCACUUUAGUUAAAAAUGGCUGCAGCUGUAAGAACUCUUGUCUGAUAUAUUUGCAACUCUGCUCCCAUUUAUAAACGUGCUCUUUGAUGCUUAGUUGCUGAAUUCUAAUGCAAAGGUGGUGUGGACUCCCUUUGUGUGGGUGGGGUUUGUGGGUAGUGGUGAGGGACUGAUAUCAGAAAAAUGCCUUCAAGUGUACUAAUUUAUUAAUAA